AUGGCUACCUACAGCCUGGCAACCGAGCGACUGCGCGCCUUGGAAGACAUCGAACGCGAAAUCUGCGCCAUCCUUCGGAAUGCAGGUACCGUGAUCCUGGAACUUUCCAAGGAAAAAACCAAUGCUCGGCUGCUACACCGACAAGCGGCGGCUUUCACGGCGUCUGUGCAACACGUAGAAGCAGAGCUGUCGGCUCAGAUCCGCUACCUAACCCAGGUGGCCACAGGGCAGCCCCACGAGGGCUCCAGCUACUCUUCAAAGAAGGACUGUCAGAUGGCACUACAGCGAGUCGACUAUGCUCGCCUCAAGCUCAGCGAUGUGGCCCGAACCUGUGAGCAGAUGCUGGAAAACUAAGCCAAGUAGGC